CUCAGAGAAAAAGAUAUUUAUCAACAUAGACAUAACGUAUGAUUACGAAUCUUGCGGAAAUUGAGAUUAAGCAGUUUACGAAAUGAAAGCAGUAAUACAACGAGUAUCGAAAGCUUCAGUUUCAGGUAGUUUCUUCCAGAUGCUAGUUGGUGAAUUAUAACUGCAUUUUUAAUGAUCAACAAUGGCAACUAUUGAAAAAAAGAAGAGCAUUGCGCAAAAUAAGGAUAGCAAAUCAGAAGGGCGAGAUGAAAAAGAUGAGAAGAUUGUAGAGCCUGAUGCAAAGAAUGCAGAAGACACAUUCAAAAUAAAUAAACUAAAUGUAGACAUAUCAUGUACUUCUAAAAAUGAUAUAUUUAUCAAUCAACGACAGUCAUUAGAAAGUCAGACAGAUUUUGAAGACAUAGAAACUAUGGAGCAGUUAAAAAAUCAGUUGGGUAUAUUAAUGAACCAAUUGGUUACUCUGUCGGCGGAAAAGUCGAAAAUGGAAGCAAAUUUUCAAGCCGAUAAGAAGCAAUUGAGAAGCGAUCGUGACGAAUGUGAGAAAGUAAUUAAAGAUCUAAAGGAGAGACUGAAGAAGGCUCAAAAUGUCAAUCAUUCCGAAAUUGAACACGUAAAGUGCAAAUUAAUCAUGGAGCGGCAUGAGAGAGAGAAAGAACAUGCCGAUUUUGUCAAGAAGAUAAAAGAACUGCAAAAAUUAUUAUAUGAUGAGCAGCGUAGCAAAGAACAAUUAGAGGGGCAACUGAAGACGUAUCUCGCGAAUAAAACACAAUGCAAGAUUCUCGAAGCCGAGCUAGAGAUCACCAAGACCAAA